ACAAUAACGUGAUCUAUUUAGCGAUUUAUGUACUGUUUUAUAGACCCCCAACACACCCUCGGAGUUCUACCGCGUUCUUCUAGAGUAAAACCACAAAAGGUACCCGUACGUGCCACAUUUAACCAACUAACGAGAGGUAUAGUAUACGGAAAUUCUUGGAUAUUAAGUUCGGGAAGACUGGCUGUGAUCUGGUGUAUCUACAUUAUGAAUUCUGGCACCCGCAGAGGAUUUUCUGUGAUUUAAGUAAGAACUUGGAAUUAAUGUGUGGUGAAUUCAUGUGUUCAACGGUUCCAUAGUGCCCCUCUAAGCAUUACAACAUGCCGUCCAAUUCUGACAGUGUGAAGGUGGCCGUUCGUGUCCGGCCAUUCAAUCAGAGAGAAAAAAAUGCUGGGUCAGCUUGUAUAAUUUCUAUGAAGGGAAAUUCCACUACUAUAACAGAUCCUAAUUCUGGCCAAGAGAAAACAUUUUCAUUUGACCAUUCCUACUGGUCACAUGAUGGCUUCAUCGAGGACAAGGAUGGAGUCAACAAGUCUGAAUCUGACCAUUACGCUGACCAGAGGCGGGUGUUUAGUGACCUUGGAAAAGGUGUGCUGGAUAAUGCCUGGCAGGGCUACAAUGCUGCCUUAUUUGCUUAUGGCCAAACAGGAUCAGGAAAAAGCUACUCAAUGAUAGGAUAUGGUCCUAAUAAGGGGAUAGUUCCCAUCACAUGUGAGGAAUUAUUCAAGGUCAUAGAAUCCAACAAAGACAAGGACAAACAGUUACAGGUAUCCUUCAGUAUGCUAGAAAUAUAUAAUGAGAAGGUACGGGAUCUACUGGUGAAGAAUAAAGCCGAAACUGGAAGCCUGAAGAUUCGACAGGAUCAAAAGAUGGGAUUCUACGUGGAGGGCCUAAAACAUGUGCCUGUGCGCAACUACAAGGAAAUAGAGAAGUUGAUGGAGCAGGGUACAGUGAACCGGACAACUGCCUCAACCAACAUGAACGCAACCUCAUCACGGUCCCACAUGGUCAUCACCAUACGCUUCAAUCAGGUGAUCAUGGGUGCUGACGGCAAGAGCAAUACCAGGAGCAGUGAUAUCAAUUUGGUAGAUCUGGCUGGGUCAGAGAGGAGUGCUUCUACUGGGGCUACUGGGGACAGACUGAGGGAAGGAUCAGCCAUUAACCAGAGUCUGUCCACAUUAGGGAAUGUCAUCAGUGCCCUUGCUGACCAGGCAACAUCAAAAAAGAAGGUCAUUGUGCCAUACCGCAACUCUGUACUUACUAUGCUGUUACAGUCAGCGUUGGGUGGGAACAGCCGCACCAUCAUGAUAGCGGCUCUUAGCCCAGCAGCUAUAAACUAUGAUGAAACCCUCUCCACACUCAGAUACGCAGACAGGGCCAAACGAAUCCAGAAUAAGGCUGUGGUGAAUGAGAGCCCCACAGAGAGACUGAUCCGUGAACUGAAGGAGGAGAAUGCCAAACUCUUGUCCAUGUUGUCUAAAGGUGGUCGUGGAGGACCAGACUCCUCAGAAGGUCGGAGAGAACUACAGAGGAUGUUACAGGAAAAUGAACGCCGUAUGAAUGAUAUGAACCUGUCAUGGGAACAACGACUUGAACAAGCAAGGAAGGAAUGGCAGAAAUCAGUCAGUGUUGGAGAUGAUCAGAAAAGUCUGGAAGAAUUUCAACACAAACCUUACAUAACCAAUAUAAAUGAGGAUCCCCAGCUCUCUGGCAUAAUCAAACACUGCUUCAACAAAGGAAAGACAGUUAUUGGAAAGACGAAAACAGGUGAUGUCAAUGUUCAGCUUCGAGGUCUGGGUAUACAGCCGAGACAUGCCAUCAUUCAUCACACUGGCAGUAAGGUAUAUAUUGAACCUGCAGAGAAAUCAGCGCUGGUGUUUGCAUCCGGUCACAGGGUCAGGGAAAAGUUUUGUCUCUCUCAUUUGGACCGUAUCCGCCUUGGCUCCUCCUGUCUGUUUUUAUAUAUCGGCCUACCUGAACAGCGUACCCCUAGUGACCAAACAGACCAAUACAACUAUGACUACUUCAUGAUGGAACUGGCAGAGCAUGAGGGAGUUACAGUAGACCUACAGACUCCCCGUGGUACUGAGGCUGUCGAUGAGGCAUCCUCCGAGCGUGCCUUCCAGGAAUAUGUAAGGCUAAUGCCACUUAUAUCUGAAGCCAAUGCCAUCAGUGAGGAGUUAUCGAAGACUGUCCAUUUUGAUGCAGAAAUUAAAAGUGAUGCCAGUCAUGACCCCAUGGGUAAAGCGACAGGUCGGGAAGUCAUUGUUAGAGUAACAGAUACAAAGACAAAGAAGAUUUGGAUGUGGCCCCACGACAAGUUCCUCCACAGGAAAGACUUGAUGGAUGAACUGUACAGCCAGUUUAUGGAGGAUAGCUCUCUCCAUGUAGCCAAAGAGAAAGACCCUUUCUGGGACCCUGUGGAGGACAUCUUCCUUGGAAGCUGCCAUAUUCUGCUACAAAGUCUGUCAUACGGCCUGGAAGUUGACGAGCAUUUUACCCUCCACAACUACCAUGGGAAGGAAGAGGCAGUCAUGCAUGUCCAGCUGCUGCCAUGCAAUGCUAAAGGCCAGCUUCUUAGUGAGGACGACAACAUUUACGAACCUGCAGAAUUACUUGGCCAGCCAUUCCACCUGUCUUUGAUCCUCAACCAGUACAUGGGUGUACGCUGGAACAAGGAGGACAAAAGUAGAGGUGUCUACUGCAGGUAUAAAUUCUUCGACAGCAAAGUAUUGGCUACAGAUACGCUGUGGGGUAAGAGUACAGCAGAGGUCAACUACAGCAAAGACUUUGUCUACAGGAAGUUCACGGAGGACUUUCUAAGAUAUCUCAGUACACAGUCUCUAGUGCUGGAACUCUGGGGAAAACAAGGUGGUGCUAAAGUUGAGAGCGCCACAGAGCAGACCAAUGGCUACACCAAUGGAAAUGCAGAAGUGGAUAAUGACAUGUUGAAGAUGACACACCAGGUGCAGUACUUGAAGGGGGAAUGUGAGGAUUUGAAAAAGGAAAACUUUAAACUAAAGAAAACUGUAGACACCCAAAAGCAAGCCUUAGAGAUGAGCAAAGCUAAACCCAGAAGAGGUAGUAUAGUAGAGGCAGAGAAGAAACGUCCUGUUACAGAAGGCCCCAAUAGAGCUGUGGGAUUAGAUGUGGACCUGGCCAAGGCACUCAAAAUUUUCUUCAAGGAUGUGAGAGAUGUGCAAAACCAGGUGAAAGAAAUGAGACAGCAAGUGAUGGAGGUGAACCAAGACUCCAGACAGAAUGGGAAUCUCAAGGUCGCACUUGAGAAACAGGACAAAGGACUCCAUGACAUUGACAAUCAUCUUGCCUCUUGUGUACAGAAUCUUAAACAGACUGUAGCCUCCACUCUGAGGAAAGGCAAGAGCUAACACAACCCCGAUCAGUGUUAUCAAAGGACCCUUUCCUUCAUACAUUCAACUAAAGGUACAAGAGUUUUGAUGACACUGAUUAGCAACAUGUCUUUUGAGGAAGAUGUUUGUCCUGAUCAAGGUUUUUACCAAAACAUUCUUACCUUGUCGUCAAUGUCUGUUAGCCAAACAACUUGUCUUCUUCACUUUGACAAUCAAGGGAGUGAUUGAAUAGGAUGUUGUCUUGUAAAAACCAGGAUCUUCUUGCACAGGCAGAGUUGGACCACUCUUCAACAAGGUUAUAUCCUAUACAGUGUAAAACAUGAUAAAUCAAGCAACAGUGUUAUUACCUGUAUCAUCAACAAAAAUACAUCGUAUUGCAAUCUGAGUAUUGCCAUCUGAAUGCAAUGUCAGAGAUAUGGUCUAAGUAUAAGCUUGGUAUUGCAUUGGAGUCAUAAGAUUACUAUCAUAUAGAUUGUUUUAAACUGUACAUGCCUAGAAUUUGACAUGGCGACCAUCUGACAGAAGGCCAGUGUAAAUGAAUACCCUAUAUCUAUGCUGUAUACACCACACAUCAGUCUAGUUGUAAACUCUUGUAGAUUGUUGACAUGUCUUCUAGUAUGUAUAAGCUAUACUACCGACCAUUCUUAUUGUAUACCGUACUCAGUUUUGUCACUAGGCCAAUUCUAUGUCAUGAAAACACUACUUUAAUUUGAUGAUCGUUUAUCAAACAUUGCUGUACAGAUACACCAACUAUAUUUCAAGUUACCAAUAUGCAUGAAAUGCUCAUUGUCAAGUGUGAUAAGUCCGUCCACUAUUUAUUACCAAUAAAACAUAUAAAACAAU